AUGGGGGAAUGAGAGAAAGAGGGAGUGUUUUGUGUCAAUGUGUGUGAAAGAGGGAGGGAGCAAACUCCCCGCACAGUCGGGAGUUUCACUCUCCCUGCUCACCGUGGUCAUUUUCCUGGACACUGAAGCAUCACAGAGGAUUUUAAUCAGAGCGUGAGGAGUUCAAAUUCGUACGCUCCAUCCGAACUUUCACCGUCAACUCCGCCUGUUUGAGACGAGCACGGAGAUGAGCGGUCGUGCCCUGCCGUCCUCCAUACCUGAGGAUGCCGAAACUCAGGACCACGUUCCUCGUGGGGAGAUGAACGGCUACCACCAGAGGCUUCAGAUGGGAGAAGGUGGAGAGGCUGAGCUUCCUGUGUCCAAGUCCCAGAGACGGAAGAGUGAUGUCAAAGUCUACAAGGAGUUUUGUGACUUUUACGCUCGCUUCAACAUGGCUAACGCCCUGGCCAACGCCAUGUGCGAGCGCUGUAAGAGCGGCUUCGCCCCGGCGGAGAAGAUCGUGAACAGCAACGGGGAACUUUAYCACGAGCAGUGCUUUGUUUGUGCUCAGUGUUUCCAGCAGUUCCCUGAAGGACUCUUUUACGAGUUUGAAGGCAGGAAGUACUGCGAACAUGACUUCCAGAUGCUGUUCGCUCCUUGUUGCCACCAGUGUGGUGAGUUCAUCAUUGGCCGCGUGAUCAAGGCGAUGAACAACAGCUGGCAUCCGGAUUGUUUCUGCUGUGACAUCUGCAGGGCCGUGCUCGCAGAUGUUGGAUUUGUUAAAAACGCUGGACGGCACUUGUGUCGUCCGUGUCACAACAGAGAGAAAGCUCGAGGGCUCGGGAAGUACAUCUGCCAGAAGUGUCACGCCAUCAUCGAAGAACGACCUCUACUGUUCAAGAAUGACCCCUAUCACCCCGAUCACUUCAACUGCAACAACUGCGGUAAGGAGCUGUCAGCCGACGCCCGGGAGCUGAAGGGGGAGCUCUACUGUCUCCCCUGCCACGACAAGAUGGGCGUCCCCAUCUGCGGGGCCUGCCGGAGACCCAUUGAGGGCCGCGUGGUCAACGCCAUGGGCAAGCAGUGGCAUGUUGAGCAUUUUGUGUGUGCYAAGUGUGAGAAGCCCUUCUUGGGACAUCGCCACUAUGAGCGCAAGGGCCUGGCCUACUGCGAAACCCAUUAYAACCAGCUGUUCGGAGAUGUUUGCUACCACUGCAAUCGUGUUAUUGAAGGAGAUGUGGUGUCUGCCCUAAACAAGGCCUGGUGUGUCAACUGCUUUGCCUGCUCCACCUGUAACACCAAACUGACUCUCAAGAACAAGUUUGUUGAGUUCGACAUGAAACCGGUGUGUAAGAAGUGCUACGAGAAGUUCCCCUUGGAGCUGAAGAAGAGGCUGAAGAAGCUGUCCGAAGCUGCUGCGAGGAAGUGAACGCGCAGCUGAAGAGGAAACAGCGAGGCGGCCCGAUUCACUCCACCUCUGAGAAUCACUGAAGAUAGAAAUUGGUGAUUUAUUCUACAUUUAGGUCGGUUAUUUUAGUGGAACUGAACCUGGAUCUUUAGUUCCUAAAACCAGCAGUCAGAUUGUUGGUUGGUUAUUUUUUUUGCUUCACUAGUUUUUGCUUAAAUGCUGCACUGUUUAUAUUUUUAUAUAUACUUGCUUAUUUCACUGCUAAACCUAUACAGUGUAGCACAAGUGACAGUGGUCCUGUAUUUAAUAACAAACUGUAGUUGACAUUUGGAAGCAUGACUGAAAAAUAACUUGUUAAAGUUAGCCAACGUGCUUAUGUGAUGCCAAAGAAACGAGUCUCCUGUUUGAAUGAUGUUACUGCUAUUUUUUCAUAACUGAGUAAAAAAAGAUAAAAACAAUGCUGUUGUAUUAAAUGUGUAUGUAUUACUCAAUAAUGUUACUUGUUUGUUUCCUAAUAUGUAUCACUGUAUGUAUAAUUAACAUAAUGAAAGUAUGUAAAGUAAUGAACUCCAUCUCUGGCAGCAAUAGUGCCUUGUUACAGUAUUUGCCAGAACUGGUAUUUCUUUUUUAAAAAAUCCAUGUUUUAUGUAUUUUUAUACAUUUUUGUUCACAUUGAAUCCAUAAAAGAGACAAAAAAGCUGAAAUCGGGUUUAAAUCAUGUGCAACUGUACCUCCAUGUGUUACAGAAACCGGAUGUUGGAAUAUUACCAGUAGUUGUAUGUAAKCCAAAGAAAGUGAUCCUCUUAAAGAAGUGUACCAACUUCCUYGAGGCUCAGACUCGCUUAGGAAAAGAAGCCAACUGUUCUUACGUCAAAGUGAUUUGUGUGCGCUCUGUUUUAUCAUGUAAAGUUUAAUUUAAUGCAUUAGGGUUCAGCGGAAAAGCACAUUCCACAGUUUUAUGAAUGCAAAUGUUUGUUUUUUCAUACUGCAUUUCAACACUGACUGAAACUACAACACUUCUUUUGUAGAAGCUCAAACUAUGACUUUUGUUAGACUGAAUUUCAGCAGCAUCGUAGUGCUUUACACAAAAUAUACUCUUCUGUUAUUGUAUUGCAAAUGCUUGUUUUUCCAACAUAACACUCCAAAGCGUAUGUUCAGGACUUGAAAGCUUUUUUUUUUUCUGUAAGCUUAUUGGAAUAAAGUAUUUCAAAAUUAGGAA